AGAUAACCUGUCCUUAAUUCUCCACGGAAACUGGCCCAAGCCCAUAUACUUCACUUAACCAGCCUCCUAUUUUCGAAUCCAUUCAUCCAUUGUGUCGGAAAAUCUGUACUGUCUAUCGAAUUUUCGUCGUGUUCCCUUGACAGUGACCGAGCUAAACCGAGAGAUCGUUAGAGCGAUAAAAUGGCAUCGGUGCUUAGAGGUGCGAUUGGCUUGAUCAGAGAGAAAGGCGUCGGAGGUUUUCUCCGGGAGCUUCGAGCUGAAGGAUAUUUGAGUGCACUUCUGGAUGGGAAUCUCAUGCAAACAAAGAUUCACAAUAUAGGUGCAAUGCUUGUGGGUGUUGACAAGUUUGGCAAUAAGUAUUAUCAGAAACUUGGAGACACUCAAUAUGGAAGACAUAGGUGGGUUGAAUAUGCUUCAAAGAAUCGCUACAAUGCUUCUCAAGUCCCGCCCGAAUGGCACGGCUGGUUACAUUACAUAACCGAUCACACGGGGGAUGAGUUGCUUCUGUUGAAGCCAACGAGAUAUGGUGUUGAGCACAAAGAAAAUUUUUCGGGUGAGGGAGAUGAAUAUAUUUACCACUCGAAAGGCCAUACCCUUAACCCUGGUCAAAGAGACUGGACCAGAUACCAACCCUGGCAACCUAAGAAGGUUUAGUUUGAAAUUACGUAUAAAGGAGUCGGAAAAUUGCAUGGAAAUGUGGGCUCCUUUUUUUUUCUUCUAUCGAUUAAGUUUGUACUUCAUUUGAAACGUAAGAUUGAGUUAUUGUGAAAAUCGAUGUUCGCCUGUUUUCUUGUGAUUUGUAAGCCAGAAUGUAUGUAUGUUGAAGACAGAAUUUUCUUGUGUAAGUCACUCUUUUCUUGAUAUGUUGAUGAAGGUCUUAGGUUUGUUUGUAUGAAUCAACUAUUUUUUUUUUUCUUAAUUUCUUUUGUGCGCGACGUGCACAGAAUUAAUGCUGCUCCAAUCAUGCAAUUUCUAGUUUGCUGAACUAUAUAUAAG